AUGCCCUGGCCAUUGGAAUUGGGCACCCAGCACCUUCUGCAUCAUGCUCUUGGAGAUGGCUACUCCCUAAUGGGUGCGCUUCUUUCUUGUCUUGAAAGAAUCGAUGACCCUUCUCUUCCACUAACUUUUCCUUCAAGAACAUCAUCAACUUCACAAGCUUCAAAGAAAAACGUGAUUCAGAAGUUACCUUCUUUUGUCUCUUCCUUUUUUAGCUCCAUGUCAGAUUUUGGAUCAAGCUUAGUGAAGACAAGAAUGGUUGUAGAUGACAAAACACCAGUAAGAUCUGGAUAUGAAGGAACUGAGUCCAUGCCUUUUGUCUUGUCAAGCAUAUCACUGUCUCUUGAUCAUUUCAAAGCAAUCAAAACCAAGCUUGGAGUGACGAUAAAUGAUGUGAUUACUGGGAUGAUUUUCUAUGGGAUUCGAUUGUACAUGGAAGAGAUUGAAUACUUGGCUAGAAAAGCAAAAUCGACUGCUGUGGUAAUGCUGAACACAAGAAAUGUUAAAGGGUACCAAUCAGUGAAGGAGAUGCAAAAUUCAAAGGUGAAAGGUUUAUGGGGAAACAAAAUUUCUUUCCUACAAAUACCUAUUCCAAAGCUAAGUCAAUCCAAAAGCUAUAACCCUCUUGAGUUUGUUUGGAAUGCCAGAAAACUUAUAAAGAAGAAGAGACGUUCUUUCAGUGUUUAUCUCAUAGGUUUGCUCUUAGAUUUGGAGAUGAAACUAAAAGGCCCCGAGGUAUGUAGCUGUUUAAAUUUAUAA